AUGUCGUCGUCAGAAAUUCUCACUGCGUCGCAGCUCAAUUCCAUAAGCAUCAUCGAACGAGUAUGCUCGGUGUUUUCCCUGCUAGGCUCCCUCUUCGUCAUUGGCACGUUUGUGUCAUCCAAGGCGUUUCAUAAACCCAUCAACCGUCUCGUCUUUUACGCCUCGUUUGGAAACAUGAUGACCAAUGUCGGAACAUUAAUGUCGAGGCAAUACCUGGGUUCCCCCUCCUCGGUGGGAUGCCAGUUCCAGGCCUUCUUGAUCCAGAUGUUCAUGCCCGCAGACGCAUUCUGGACUCUUUCCAUGGCCAUCAAUGUGUACUUGACAUUCUACUUCAAGUUUGACGCCCGAAGACUACGCAAGAUGGAAAUCCCCUACCUCGUCGGCUGUUACGGAAUCCCAUUCAUCCCUGCCUUUGUUUACAUCUUCAUCAAGAACAAGCAAGGCGAGCGAAUGUAUGCCGGAACCAAAGCCAAUGCUGACAUUCACAGGGUCGUCAUUGCCAUUACUUUCUUCAUCUAUAUCCGCGCUGGUCACACCAUCUAUCGCAAGCGAAGAGACCUCGAUAACUUCAGCUCGACUGAUCAGGAUCUCACCUCUCUUGGGGAUGCUCUCGCUACGAUCAAGACUACUGAGGUUUCGGUGACGACCGAAGUCAUGUCCCCAAAUGCAAUCCACCUUCAACCUAUGGGCCGCCGAGCUCCGGAUGUCAACAGCCCGCAGGACACAAACGGAGCUUACUCGGUCACUAUCUCGGCAGAUACUAGCUCCGGGGAUGUUGCCGAUGUAGUACUUCCGAUCCAGCAACAGCAGACGCGGACCAGCAUGCAGGUGCCCCCCGUUCAGCGCAACCCGGCUCGGCGAAGAAACCGCGAGCUCAACAACGCAGCAUGGCAGUACACCAAGUGUGCCCUCCUAUUCUUCACGGCCAUCCUCAUUACCUGGAUCCCGUCGAGCGCCAACCGUGUAUAUGCUGUGUUCCACACCAAGCAUUCUUCAGUCCCGCUCGAGUUUAUGAGCGCUUUUGUGCUUCCGCUGCAGGGUUUCUGGAACGCGCUCAUCUACAUGGUCACAUCGUGGGGUGCAUGCAAGAGCCUGCUGAGCGACCUACGCAUGGGUCGACGACCAGACGUGACUGAGUUGGUGGGUGGCAUGGCGCCUGAGAUCAGCGUGCACCAUCAUCAUCACCACCGACAUAAUCUUAGCCAGUUCCGGGCUAACACACGCUCAAAUAAGUACGAGACGGAAAGUAUGACGGAGCUGGCCAACGAGAGCAGGCCAACCUCGGACGAUGGACGGCGAGAUAACAUACACGUAUAA